AUGUCGCGUGCCUUUGGAAAAGGCGGCCGAUCGUCCGGCGCAAGAAGCUUCGCCAGCCCUGCCAGCGGGUUCGGCGGCUUCUCCUCCUCAGCCGGCAGCGGCCUCUCCUACCUCGCCGAGCCCCCCGACUUGUCAUCCAUCUCCGAUGCGAACGUUGUCGUUUCCUUCAAGAACACACUCAAGAAAGAUGCCACGACAAAGGCAAAGGCGCUGGAAGACCUCCUGGCUUACGUACAGGCCCACCCAUUCGAGAAGGACGGAGGUGCAGAAGAGGCAGUCUUGGAAGCAUGGGUACAAAUAUAUCCUCGUAUUUCCGUAGACAAUUCUCGCCGAGUGCGCGAACUCUCCCAUACACUGCAAUUCGAGCUGAUGAAGUCGGCCCGGAAGCGCAUGGAGAAGCAUGUUCCCAAGAUCGUGGGUACCUGGCUCGCCGGUCUGUACGACAAGGACAGAGUUGUGUCGAGGGCUGCAAAUGACGGCCUCUCGUCAUUUCUCAACAGCCCGGAGAAGGUUGUCCUGUUCUGGAAGAAGUGCCAGUCGCAGAUCCUGACCUAUGCGACGGACGCCAUCCAAGAAACGAAGGACACCCUGAGCGACGAGAGAUCGACGACAGCCGACGAUGCCGAGGCCAAAUAUCUCCGUGUCGUGGGAGCUAGUAUUUCCCUUGUUCUCGGGCUCCUGCAGAAACUCGAUCCGGCCGACAUUCAAAAGGAAGAAGAGGCAUAUGACAAUUUCUUCACGGAAGAGAAGGUCUGGAAGAGCGUGGUCAUGGGCGACGCCUCAGUCAGACGAUCAGCCUGCCAGUUGCUGUGGGCAUGCCUUGACAAAAGGCAAGAGUCGGUCACUUCCCAGAUCUCUCGCAUUAAAAAGGCCUUUCUCGCAGAGGGACUCAAGAGCAGCCAAACUGGGUCGGCUGUCGAAUACGUCAGAGUUCUUACAAAACUGACAAGCAAGUUCCCCGAGAUCUGGGCGAGCUCCAGUGAGAAGAAGACCCCUAUAACCAGGUUGAAUGGCUUCUUGGAGAAGGGAUCCCACAGCAGCUCCGCCAAGUACUGGGAACAUCUGGAAGAGCUCAUCAAGGCUAUUCCGGGUGAGCACUUCACUGUCGAAGCCUCGGCGGAUGCUCUGAAGUCAAUGAGGGUCGGCAUUGCGAGCAGGGAAGAACCAAGAAUGAACGCCACGCUUGCUUGGACAUGCUAUGUUCACACAACCAAACACUUCUUGCAAAACUUCCCUUCGGACGGCCCGCGAGCUACGUUGGUCCAGGAGUAUCUCUUUCCUCUAAUUGAGCACUUCCUCUUCCCAACCCCCGAGAACUCCUCAUGGGAAAUUGGCGGAAAUGGACGACUUGCUGUGCUUGGCGAAGUCUACGAAGUUGCUGCCGACCCGUCAUCUCCCGACUUGGUUCAGGCAACAACUGAGAAGCUGGACGCCCUUUCGUCUGCCUUUUGUACAAGGAUAUCCAACUCACUACCCGAAGUUUCCAAGGACUAUGAAAAAUCCCAAGAGGCUGUUUCUGCCGAAGGCAACCGCUGGUUCACUCUAGUUGGCCAAGUCCACAAGACAGGCCAAUCGUCCAUCGGCCUCCUCAUGGGCCCUUCAAAGGCCAUCAUCACAAGCAGCUUGAACUUGCUUGCAAACAGGAACCUCAAACCGUACGGAGCUGCCGGUGUUGUCUAUAGCGUUGGAAAGAAUGCUCCGCAAGUGUGGGAAGAUGCAGACGCUGCCCAGGCUCUGGAACAAUUCCUUGCACCACAGGGCCGAGACCGCAUGGAAAUUUUGAUGGCUUCCCGGUCCGCUGCUGACCUGCUGAACUGCGUAAACGUCCUGGGAACUCUCAAGGGACAGGAGACGGCUUACGUGACUAUCUGGAAGACCUGGGUCGAUGCUUUACUGAAACUUUCUGAUGAGAAGUUGGCAACCAGAGGUAUUGAACGUCUGAUCGCUAGCCAGGAAGCAUCAAGACUUGCCAAGUCACAUGAAGAACUCCAAGAUUUCCUUGAGGCAAAAUGCUCCAGCACAGCCCGCGGAGAGGCUGACUCUUGGAGCCUCUUUGAAGCGGCUCUUGGAAACGACGCCGUCACCGAAUCUACGGCCAAAGAGUUGGUGAACAACAGCAUAUCCGCCCUGUCGCAAGACAAACAACACUCGAUCCAAGCGCUUCGGGCGUUGGAGACACUGGCGAACAACAAGCCUGGGCUCUUGUCACAGGAUGAAUCGACGCACAUGGCAGUUGUUACUGAGUUGUUGGGACUCGCCGAGCUCAACGAUAGAGCAAUUUCGUCUCGUGCCAUCUCGUUGAGAGCACUCUUGGAACAGCCCACCGAUGGCACCUCGCCGGUAGUCACCAUCAUCCAGAGGAAUCUGGAGGAAGCUGGGCCGCAAUCACUUGGGAUCGAAACUUUGGUCCAGCAGGCCCUCCAAGCUGCCAAGGCAGGCUCUAUCAGCACAGAAGAUCUCUUCCCGAGCACGAACGUCUGGAUGCAACAGCUAUCAAACUUCCUCCAAGGCUCGCUCAACCCAUCACUCUCCAUUACCAGCGGAUUGGGAGGCGCGCACUUCUUGAUCCAGCCUACCGAGCAAGAACAACGCAUUCGCGUGCGCAGAGAUCGUGACGGUUACUCCAUUCCUGCGAGAAUGGCCUCAUACACCUCCAAGCUCUUGUCCUCUGACAUCUCCGUCUCAACCUUGCCGGAGAGCUUCCAGGUUGAACUUCUCUACCUCCUUUGCGUCUCAAUUCAGAUGGUGUCGGAUCAGAUCACCCUGACGGAUGAAAAUAAGCUAUAUAUUAACCUUGACGUGGGCGACGCCCUUGCGUCGGCCGAGUCGUUUGUUUCGUCCACCAGAGCAACUAUCAACGCCAUAGCUGAUGACGCCAAGGGAUGGAGGGACAGCUCGGAAGUCGGCUCGACGAAGCUGGUCAACGGCCUCAUCACUAUCAUGACACAGGAGGCGAAGGAACUCACGCCGCUUGGGGUCUACAGCUCUAGGGCCCUGAGUGAGCUCAUUCAGACUCUGACCGAGAAGCACGGCUUCCCGGCUACUGGCGACGAGAGAAUUAACCAGCUGGCAACUUUCAAGGCCACUCCACCCACGGUCCUGGCAGCAACUGCGGUGCUCGCCGGCUUUGGCGAGAGCCUGGAGUCGUCCAAGACCAUCAACACGCUCUGCAACCGUCUGAUUAGUGACAUUGCAGGAGCAUCUGUGGAACCUGGAAAGGCCGACAAGACGCUUCAGGUUCUGGUGCUUCUCAACGCUUGCCUGCAGGUCUACGAGGUUGGCGAGAUCCCUGUGGCCAACAACCGCAUUGUCUUUGCCGUUCGCCAGAUCACGUCGUGGAUGGACGAUACACUCAACCUCACGCCCGCCCUGUCGGCAGAGAUUUGCAGGGCGUUGCAGAGGCUGCUUCCGAGCAUGAAGGACGUAUACGGCUCAUACUGGGAGAAGACGAUCGAGUUCUCAACUGCCCUGUGGGCCAAGGCGUCAGAUGACCGCCUUGACGACUCGCUUCCCUACAUUCACGCAUCGUUGAAGCUCAUGACCGCCUUGGAGACCCUGUCGGAACCGAAUGAUGACCUGGUGGAGGCCCUCAAGGAGUUCGCCGAGACCAAGUCCCUGUCACUAAUCGAGCUCCUCAAACUAGACCGAGAGAAGAGCACCCAGCCCCUGGAGAUCGUCGACGCCAUCAUCUGCAGGCAGGUCAAUAAGAUCCCCCUGAAGCACAUCAACGACCUCUCGGACCUAUACGGCCUCAUCGCCGCCGACUCCCGCUCUAUCCAGACCGCCGCCUUCAACCUCCUCCACUACGCCCUGCCGGCUCGGCAAGAGGAGCUCUCGGUCAACGUCCUCCUCGACAAGACCGACGCCCGACUCCCCGACGAGCUUCUCUCUCUCCUCCUCGACGCGCCCACCCUCGAACGCUACCCGGACGAGGUCCUCGCCCAGUUCCCUCUCGCUAUCCGCUCCUACCUCCUCUCCUGGCACCUCGUCUUCGACGCCUUCAGCACCGCCUCGCUCAAGGUCCGCAACGACUAUACCGAGCACCUCAAGACGGAGAACUACAUCGCGCCGCUCCUAGACUUUACCUUUGACGUGCUGGGCCACUCGGCCGCGCACCCGCUCAACCUCGAACGCGAGGGCCUGACGACGCAGCACAUUACCUCCUACAACGUCUCCCUCGCCGACGCCGAGUCCGACGAGCGCAACCUGCAUUGGCUGCUCGUGCACCUGUACUACCUGACGCUCAAGUACACGCCCGGCCUCUUCAAGACGUGGUACCUCGACUGCCGCUCCAAGCAGACGCGGAUCGCCGUGGAGGGGUGGAUGACGCGCUACUUCUCGCCCAUCAUCGUCUCGGACGCGCUCGACGAGGUGUCGGCGUGGGCCGCGAGCCAGGAGCCGCCCGCCGACGACGACGAGAAGGAGCUCGUCGUCAAGGUCAGCAAGGCGGGCAAGGAGAUCACGGCGGGCUACGAGGUGGACGAGAGCAUGGCGUCCAUCGCCGUCAAGGUCCCUGCGAGCUACCCGAUCGAGGGCGUCAGCGUCGUGGGCAUUAACCGUGUCGCGGUGAGCGAGCGCAAAUGGCAGAGCUGGCUGCUCACGACGCAGGGCGUCAUCACAUUCUCGAACGGAAGCAUCAUCGACGGCCUCUCGGCCUUCCGGCGCAACAUUGUCGGCGCCCUCAAGGGCCAGACUGAAUGCGCCAUCUGCUACUCCAUCAUCUCGACCGACAAGAAGAUGCCCGACAAGCGGUGCCAGACGUGCAAGAACCUCUUCCACCGCACCUGCCUGUACAAGUGGUUCCAGAGCAGCAACCAGAACACGUGCCCGCUGUGCCGUAACCCCAUCGACUAUUUGGGCUCGGACACCAAGGUGCGCAGGGGUGCUUAA